AUGUCGUACGCCCCGCCUUCCGGGCCUCCCCCACCUUCAGUACCCGAGGGAUGGACAGCGCAGUAUGACGAUCGAUACCACGCUUGGUUUUAUGUGGACCUUGCCACGGGUAAAUCGCAGUGGGACCGCCCCGAAGUCCCUCCGCCGCGCGAUGACGGCAAUCUUCCACCCAAUUAUCAUGCGCCAUCAUACAGCAAUGCUGGACCUGGCGACCCAGCUGCAAUAGCUAGUAUGGGAGACCAGAAACAACCCAUGGGCUCAAACAAUCCCUAUAAUUCUUCAACAAAUACUGGCCCAGGAAACGCCAGCCCUCACAUGAUCGACGAGGACGCACGACUUGCCGCCAAGCUCCAAGCCGAGGAAGACGCCCAGGCCCGCACACGAGGAACCGGAGCCGGACCGGGAGAUCGCGGUACCUCAUCAGACUACUACAACGAUGUUUCGCGGCCGCAGUCCACCGGCCCAGGCGGAUAUGUGGCGGGCCCAGCCAGCCCGAUGCCUGAGCAGGAACAGAAGCGCAGCAAGGGUGGAUUUUUGAGUAAGCUGCUGGGCAAGACCUCGAGCUCAAGCAGUAGGCCGCCUCGGCAGCAGCAACAGUACGCCUCAUAUGCUCAGCAAGGUCCUCCUUCUGGUGCAUACUACGGUGGUGGUGGUUAUCCCCCGCAGCAUAGCCCCCAGCCUGGAUAUGGGCAUCCCGGACAGGGAUACGGAGGUGGAUAUGGAGGAUACCCGCAGCAGGGUGGCUAUUACCAGCAGCGACCGUCUCGCAGGCAAGGUGGAGGAGGUAUGGGCACUGCCGGUGCUGCUGCCUUGGGUGUUGGCGGUGGUCUGCUUGGUGGUAUGCUAAUUGCUGACGCCAUGGAUGAUGAUCACGAUGAUGAUUACGGCGGUGGUGGUGAUGAUUAUGGCGGUGGUGAUGAUGGUGGCGAUUGA